AAAAACAUCUUUUUGUCAGGCCCUCCCUGCCAAAUGACUAUAUUUCAAAUUCAUGACCUGUUUUCAAGUAAAUGAAUCAUGAUCUGUAAAAUCAGUGGAAUGCCCCUUUAAAAGAGGAGCCAUAACAAUUACCUGGUAUAAUCUAUGUGGACCACAUAAAGACGACAUCAGAGAGGUUCUUGCUCACAGACGAUGAAGCAGCGAAAAAGAGUCUGAAGACAUGAAACUGAAGGCUGACUGAAAUCCUCCUCAUGUUCCCAGACCCAGUGAAACAGCAGUAAGAUGAGCUGUUCAGGACUAUUGAUGAGCUUAAAGACAAGAUUAUUGGCCACACAAUAUCUUGCCACAUAAAGGCAGAAAAAGAAAGAAGUUAGUUUGGCUUUUACAGCAGUUAUAACUACUGUAGUAAUGUUCAAUGACAUCCUGAGGUGUAAAGAUAAUCCUCAGAGGUCAAGUCAUGGAGCACAAACAUAGAGGAGCUCAGGGAUGCCUACACUCAGUUGAUAUCUGUCCACGUAUGUCAACGAUUUGAUUCAGUCCCCCUUAUUUAAGUCAUUCAAACGACAGUUAUUAGUUUUAGUGUGUGAAGUGUUAAAUGAAUGUGUAACAGUUGAUGAAUGGGUGAAACUCAGAGAGAGAGAGAGAUCUACAGGCUGCAUAUCUGUGUGUCUACACAUACCACAGUCAUGAUUUAAAGCCUUCCACUGACCUUAUCUCCUCUACUACUUUCCUAAGUACUCCAGAAGCAACUCUCUAACGUCUCUAUAUGACUAUCCUCACCAACCACGACAAAAACGAAAAUGAGGGUUUCCUUUUCGAACACAUUCCACAAAGAAAAGGCCACAAAACGCGCGCCUGUUCGGCCCGUCCGACCGCGAUUCUCCCUCACGCACCAUAUUCAACCAAAGACACUUCAAAGGCAGCGUGGUCAUAUGAUGACGCGAGAUCAAAGGGACCGACAGUAUGGGUGAACCGACUGAAGGGGCGUGCCAGGCAUACGCGCGCUCUUGGUGUGAGACCGACGCCCCAUGAGUAGCAUCAGCCAACGAUAAUAAUGAUUGGGAGUGAGAGGCACGGGGGCAGGGUGGGGGAGGGACGCAGGGGGACUUCAAAUAAAAUCCCCCCUUCGUCCGCAGCUUAGGAGGACCUUGGACCCGGACCCAGCAGGUCGAGUGCUACACCGAUGAAACUGGGCUAAAACGACGGAUUUCUACGUGACUUUACUGAAUGAACUGCAGACAGUUUAAGGACUGAAAUGAUGAAGGGACCGCACGUGCGUUUGGGUUGAAUUUUAAACCGGCUGUUCAUCUCUCGAGGCGCCAUGGAGAACUUUAAACUGCCUUCAUUCGGCACACCUUGCAUGAGCGACCGUUUCCAAGAGGUGCCCGUGCGUUUUCAAAGAACUUCCCACUUCACUGUCGACUCUUAGGACAUGCUGUGUUUUAUUCAGACCCCUCGCACACACUUGAGAGACGUUUUCUUGUAACAAGUAGAAAUGCAGAGCCGUUGUGUCGUGAGAAGCGCGGCCGGUCUGUCCGCGGUGCGCUCCUGCCUGUUGCUGCUCGUCAUCCACAUGAGCGCACCGGUGGAGGCGAGGAGAGUGCGCGGCGGUCGGGCGCACACUCGGCGGGUGGUGCAGCAGCAUCAGCAGCCGCAGCAGACUCCAGCGUACAGGGAGCGGGUGGAAGGACCAGAGAGCUUCCCUUUAGACUUCACAGCCGUGGAGAGCAACAUGGACAAUUUCAUGGUGCAGAUAAAGAAUUUGGCGCAGUCGCUGUACCCGUGCUCUGCGCAGAAACUGGACCAAGACAUGAAGCUGCACUUUUUGAAGAACGAGUCUGUGACUUGCAAUGACGGGUCACCUGCAGGGUACUACAUCAAGGAGUCAAAAGGCAGCAAGAGGUGGCUGCUGUUCUUGGAAGGUGGAUGGUACUGUUUCAACAGGCAGACCUGUGACAGCAGGUACGAGACAAUGAGGAGACUGAUGAGCUCCACCAUGUGGCCACAAACCAGAACAGGAACAGGAAUUCUGUCUCCUCAGCCAGAGGAAAACCCACACUGGUGGAACGCUAACAUGGUGUUCAUCCCGUACUGCUCCAGUGACGUGUGGAGCGGAGUCACCCCGAAGACAGAUCACAGUGACUAUGCGUUCAUGGGAUCUCUGAUCAUUAAGGAGGUGGUGAACGAGCUGCUGACAAAAGGUCUGGACAACGCCAAGGUUCUUCUUCUUGCAGGAAGCAGUGCGGGCGGUACAGGUGUCCUGCUGAACGUGGACCACGUCGCUGAGCAGCUGGAGUCACAGGGCUACACAGGGGUGCAGGUCAGAGGCCUGGCUGAUUCCGGAUGGUUCCUGGACAACAAACAGUACAAAUUCACAGACUGCCUGGACACCAUCAGCUGUGCCCCCACUGAGGCCAUAAAGAGAGGCAUCAGGUACUGGGGCGGACUGGUGCCAGAGAGCUGCAGACAGGCUCAUGUUGGGGAGGAGUGGAACUGUUUCUUUGGAUAUAAAGUCUACCCCACGUUAAAAAGCCCCAUGUUCGUGGUGCAGUGGCUGUUUGACGAGGCCCAGCUGACGGUCGACAACAUCCACCUGACAGGACAGCCCGUCCACGAGGGUCAGUGGAGGUACAUACAGAACCUGGGGCAGGAGCUGAGGAGCACUCUCCAGGCCAUGUUUGCUCCGGCCUGUUUGUCUCAUGAGCUCAUUACCAGAACCUACUGGAUGGACAUUCAGGUGAAAGGCACCUCCCUGCCCAGAGCCCUCCACUGCUGGGACCGCAGCCUCCAAGACAACCUCCACAUCAACAGUAGCCACGGCAACCACAGCCACCACAAGCACAGGACCCCUCCCAUUAGGGGUUGCCCCGUACAUUUGAUUGACAGCUGCCCGUGGCCUCACUGUAACCCCUCCUGCCCGACCAUACGUGACCAGCUGACGGGACAGGAGAUGAGCGUGAUCCAGUUCCUGAAGCACAUGGGAUUUGACGUGCAGAAGAUGGCUCAGCAGCAGGGGAUGGACCCCAGGAAGCUGCUGGGCAUACUCAACAAUGGGAACUGAGUCACAUUUUAGUGUAAUGACAGCAAACCAUUCUGCAGAGAGAAGAAAAGAGCUGAGCGUAAAAGGAAGACAGCAGGAACAUGGAAACAAAACUCUGAAUGAGAAAACUGUCAGUUCUUACAAACAACAAACAAAACUAACUCAGCAUCUGAAAAACUGAAUGACUCUAAAACUCACGAGUGCCUGAUGAGUUUGAAAGCUGUAACUGAGUCAGACACAAUCAAACCACAGUGUUCGAGCUGUUUAAACACAACAUAUGGGAUCACAUUCUUUGUUUUUAACAUAUAGAGAGAUGUAUAGAUACUGUGUGCUAUUAUUGUGAGGUUUACACAAAUACAUUGAAAGCUGGGUUCAUUGUAUAUACACAAUGAAUAUAUACUGUGUAAUGUGUAUAUGCAGUUGAGACUGUCAUGGUCAUGGUAGUAGUCUGAGAUAGUCUGUAGAGUUGUGCUGGGAAAGCACAGGACUGAAAACACCUCCCUGUUUGUGGGGAUUUGGUGCUCUCUUCUGUCAACUCGAAAAAUCACAUUCAGAAAUCCAUCUAUGGUGCUGCUGUUUCUACCCUCCACCAAAUAUGCUGCUUUUUCUCAUCUUGGAAAAAUAAUUUAAUGGGUAAUAUUUACUAAUAAAAGGUACAAAGAUUAAGAUUAUUGCUCUAUUAUUGCUCUUCAGGCUAAUUAAAUGUAUAUAUAUUUUUCUAAUCAAAGUAUCUUUUAAAUGUCGCAUAGUCACCUACAGUUAGUUUAACAGUGUCCCCUUACAUUUUACUUUUUUAUUUGCAUGUUUGUUAAAAAAAAAAAAAUGUCCUGUAUG